AUGGAUGCAUCAGGUGGCAGUCAAUCGGUGGUAGAGGAUUCGGAUCGUCAAAAACGAUCAUCCGCUCUGGUGAUUACCGAGUCUGUGGAGAUUCAAGAGACGACCGAGGGUGAAUGUCAACCCUUCUUUGUUGACUUGAGUACUUUACGGAAACACUCUCAAGAUCACCUACGAGAUACCGGCUUGCUACCCUCAGAGGAAGAUGGACACAAUCUGGAUGUCUGUCUAUUACGCGAAAAACACUAUGAGUAUCUGUCUCGCGUCUUUUUGCCGUCGCGACAGCCCUUGAAUGGCAACUUGGUCAGUCUAGACUCGAGUCGACCGUGGAUGAUGUACUGGACCCUCCAUGGUUCUGAUUUGUUAUUGGUAUCCUCCCAAGAAGAGGAAGACAACAAUCAUACAACCGGUACUGCUACGGCCGAUGGAGCCUCUACUACAUGUACAAAUUUACUCUGCCAGAAGGUGGGAGAGAAUGCCCUAACCGCCGUGGUUUCCACCAUGGAAGCUUGCUGGCAAUCCAUUGAAAUCACAUUGCCACAGCAUUUGGAUUUGACUGAUCAAGAUCGAACGCUUCUUGAACCCAACAACAAGACCAAUAAUAAUGGCAAUAAUCCACAGUCGUUUCAGGGUGGUGGAUUUGGAGGUGGUCCUGGUCAAAUGGCCCAUGCUGCCACUACCUAUGCUGCCAUCUUGACCUUGUGCAUUGUGGCAACGUCAGAAGGACAAUCCUCGUCGCCCAUGGCAUGGUCACUCUUGGCAAGAAUAAGAAAGCCUCUGUAUGCCUGGUUCUUGUCUCUGCAACAAUCUCAUGGAGGUUUCCGGAUGCAUCAUGAUGGAGAAAUUGAUGUGCGAGCAUCCUAUACGAUUUUUUGCAUCGCCAAAUUGCUCAAUCUACUGACUCCGACAUUGGCCAGUAACAACACUGUGGACUUUAUUGCUUCCUGUCAAACCUACGAAGGAGGAUUCGGAGGAGAACCAUUCACGGAAGCCCAUGGUGGAUAUGCCUACUGUGCCGUCGCCGCCUUGCAAUUGGUGAACCGACUGGAAAAAAUUGAUCGGGAAGCACUCACAGGGUGGCUCUGUCGACGGCAGUUGGGAUACGAAGGUGGAUUCUCGGGACGCGCCAAUAAACUCGUCGAUGGGUGUUAUUCCUUUUGGCAGGGUGGUGCCUUGGCCAUUGUCAGUGCACACUACGCUGCUGCUGCUGUGGUAGUGGAAGAUGAAAUGGAUGAUCUCUGGUUGACAUCUCCCCCACUCUCGUAUGCUCUGCUGUUUGACAAACCAAUGCUACAACGGUACAUAUUGCUGUGUGCCCAGGAUGUCAAUGGUGGUCUACGGGAUAAGCCGUCCAAAAAGAGGGAUUUUUAUCAUUCUUGCUACAAUUUAUCGGGUCUGGCCAUGACACAGCACAGUGGCGAUGAUGGCAACAAGGCAGUGGACACCAACAAUCAGCAACAGACAAAUUUUGGCCAUCCUGUCAAAUCCCUCGUGGCCACUUCCCACCCAUGCUACAACAUUCGACUCGAGCGAGUAUCCAAAGUCCUGGAGUAUUUCAAGAGCUAG